ACCUGGUACGCCCAAAAUUCAAAGUGAUCCUGGCGAAUUCGUGCUUGGCUACCGUUUCCGUGGUAAGUAAAACGACCGUCCGGUCCGUCCCUAGCGGACGGUAUAUGCUAUUAAGCAUUACUACGAGUGUAGAUAUAUACCACCGUGUGGGUUUUAGGGUUCUGGUCCCGUGCGUACAUGCAAUGAAUGAUUGAUAUCAAGAUAUUUGAAGCCGCGGGAACAAACCAAGUUUAGGUUUCGGUGAUUUCAUAGCAGACGGUCAGGCGCGGUCAGUGUCCCAAGGCGUGUGUGUCGCAGUCUAUUCUGGCCUGGUUCGCAGCUCCUUCUCCGAUGCGACGGCCAUGACACCAAGAGUUUCGUUUCCAAGCACUGAUUCUACUAAUCUUCCAGCUGCCCCAAUUACUCACCUUCCAUUCCGACGAAUCUCAUUACCAAGCGUACCGAGCUCGAGCCUCUUAUCUGCCCAAUACCGUCAAUCUGUCGCCAGUUUUGCAUCAUUUGAUUCUCUUCCCGAGGAGCCAAUCGUCAGGCGCCCUAAACGUCGUUCGCUUAACCGUAAACAAUCCAGGACACCCGCACCAGAAGAUAUAGCACGAGAGGCAAAACGAACAAAGGUAAUAAGAGAGUUUUGGGAUACAGAAAGAAGUUAUGUGCAGGGACUGGAUCUCGUACAUGAUCACUUUUUGACACCGAUCAUAGCGUCGCUCGACAGUCCCCGUCCGAUCCUUACGCGCACGGACUUGCCUACCAUUUUCUCAAAUUUUAUUGACAUUUGGAACUUUCAUCAUGCAUUUUUCAGUGCGCUGACUGCGCUGCUACAUCCAUCUCUGGCUGACCUCGAUGUCCCAAAUCCUAACCCACCACCCCUUUCAGCACUCCUUCUCUCGCAUUUUCCUUACCUCUCUCUUUACACCCCAUUUAUAACCGCGUUCCCGAGUUCUAUAUCCUUCCUUUCCCGUCCACCCGCACCAUUCGCUACAUUUCUACGAACCCAAGAGCGCGAUCCACGCUGCGGGCAGCUUAAACUUGCGGAUUGGCUCUUGAGCAUCGUACAAAGAUGUCCAAGGUAUGUAUUAUUACUCAAAGAGUUGAUGAAAGUAGAAAAAAGAGAAAAGGAAGGAGAGGGAGAGUGGGAUAGACUGGGAAAGGUCCUUGCCCUCGUUGAGAAAGGCGAGUCUGUUUAUCUAUCCGUGUCCCUAAAUUAAACGACCACCAGUGACAUCAUCUCUCAAUACAUCUCUUCACGCGCACGCACAUACACUCUCACUCCUCGCAUUACAACGUGCUACCCUCAGCCUCCCACCUACCCUACACUUCGUCCAGCCAGGCCGAACCUUAAUUUUCCGCGCUCCUCUCGUGAUAGAUUCUGGCGGUGUAGCCUUAGAAGGCCCAGCUAUAGGAAGAGGUAGACGAGAUCGCAUAUGUGAAUUUCUCCUAUUCGACGACGUAUUGGUAUGGCUAGACUUCGACCCGUCCACUCUGCGCGAUUCCCACUGGUUCACUCUCGCUGCACAUGCUACCGCUAGC